AUGAGUAAUUUGGACGAUCUAUUAGGGAAGAAAAAGCCUGCGGUGUCUGUGUUGGAUUUGAGUAGAAAUGUUGUGCAGUCUUCUGAGGAGUUCAAACGUUUAAUGGAAAAGGUCCCCGAAUACAAAAUGAGACCUAUAAAGGUUCGUGCCGAAGAUAUAAAAAUAAAAGAAAAGGAUUACUCUUUCAAAUGGAAUAAAAAGGAAAUGAAGAAGCUUUUAAAAAACAACGGUGAACGUGAACCAUUGUAUACGUAUGCCGAUCCAGUACCCAGCGAAAUGAAGGACGUAAAUAUUUCUGAGCUGUGCGUUGUGCCCAUCGACUGGAAAAUGCUUACCACUUUGAGACCGAAAUCCAAAACGGAGGAAGAGUUCUUUUCGCGUAUGGUCGAAAUGGGAAAACUCCAACUUAAGACAGAACAAAGAGACCGCAGAGAAUUUAUGCUGAACAAUUACGUAAAAAAACUAAAAAAUAAAUCCGGUAUUGUGGAAACGCGACUUCAAACGUGCACAGAAUGUGGCGAAGAAAUGUGCUCAGGCAAAGCCUGUACCGAAUUCAACUAUGACAUGUUUGCACGAGUUGAACCAAAAUGUCCUAAGACGAAACCAAUACCAAAUACUGCAAAUAAAAGUAAAAUUAAUGGACGCAAGAAAAUCGCUUCGAACGUAUCAAAGACAAAAUCAAAAAAGCCUAAAUAG